AUGAUGAACAAUUAUUAUGUAUCUGGUGGUUCAAACGGCAUCUCUGUUUAUAACUCUGUAACAAAUACAUCAAUGACUAUUCCAGCAAUGUAUCCCUAUUAUCGUAUGUGUAUUGGUCAACACCAUAUUGUUGGUGUUACCUGGGCACCUAGCUAUCCGCUGUUCGAUGUUUAUAACAAGUCAAAUAGUCAAAAAAUAUUUAGUUAUUCACCGACGACUAAUCAGUCUCGAGACUGUGCCAUUAUCAACGAUCAAUUAAUUAUAACAGCUUCUAAUGGGUUAUUACAAACGAUGGACCUGCGAAACAGUUCAUCGGUACUCGUUCCAUUAAGUUCAAAUGCAAGCUCGUAUAUGCAUAAUGACAAUACAAUGUUUGUUGACGCUUCAGCGCGUUUAUAUGAUCAUCCAUAUGCCUCAAUAACUGCCGUUGUCAUAACCAGUAAUGGUCAAUUGUUGGCAACCUAUUCAACAAGCCGUACAAUAAGCGCAAAAGCAUCCAAAUAUAAAUACUACUUUUUAGCCGCGUCACAUGCAUCUCCACUUGCUAUUUAUGAAUAUUGA